CUUACGAAGAAGACGAAGACGACAACCAAGAUCAGUGAAAUUACCUUAACAAAAACCAUAGUAAGUUGCAAACUCUGAUAAAUACAACUAACAAUGAUUUUUUGUUUACAUAUUACACAUCAAAUAAAAGAGAAACAAACACAGCCACACACACCAGCAGAUACAAGAGACAAUCCCAACAGAUACAAAGGCGGCAACAACAUCUCCACCUGCUCACUCCUAUUGUCUUAUGAAAAUAACUUACAUGUUCAAUGUUAACAUGCCAAUGAUAUUGUCUUCUUAUGAGAACUACAUAUAUUCGUUUUAAGUGCCAAAUACUAAUUGUCACUCAUUUUAUAAUUAUUUUUAUAAGUCUUCAUGUAUUUGUUUUAAAAGUUCGGUAAAAGCAACAAGUUUAAAAGUAUAUAUAUAUAUAACCAACAUAAUAAGAAUAAAAAAAUUUUGCUUAAUACACACAACUUACACAACUAAACUGGAGAAAAAAAUAUUCAAAAACAAAAGGUAAUCUCAACAACCUUAAUAUAAUUUAUGUAAUCUCAACAGUACCAGUAACAAAUUAAAAAGACAAACAAACAAUAAGUCUCAGUGACAGAACAAGCAACACCACAAACUAUAUCAAUCACAUUACUAACACAAUUUAGUUCUUCAUGAGUGGAGAACUGUGUAUGAACAGUGCAUACACAGUUCAUCAUCACAACUCUAAUCCUAUAACAAUAAAAACUUGAAAAACAGUGAUCAAUUUAAAACACAAAAUUCACACCUACAAUAACCCUAACAAAUAUUGAAAUGAAACAAGAGCUUUGUCUACAACUCCAAGCUGAGGCAAUGGCCCUAGUACCUCUAAUAUAUUGUAGAGAAAAUGGGUAAACCAUAAUUUUCGUUUAAUUAAGUUGCUGGGCCUAAUUGUAGAGGUUUUGGACAAAAGAAGCGGUGUCGGAGGGUUAGGCUUUGUCGGCAGAAUGAGUUUUUUUUUUCUUGUUUAAAAAAAAAAGAAGGAAAUUGGUGGUGGUUGCCAUAUAACAAAACAGAAAUAAAAGGAAAAAAGGAAAAUCGAGGGGAGGGUUGGCUCUAUAAAUUAUUGAUUUGGGAGUGGAAGAACAUGAUGGCGUCGUUGGAGAUUUAUCAGAGAAUCGUCAGAGAAACCAAACGGAGAAGAAAAGGAAGAAGAGAGUGGAAGGUUGAGAUCCCCAAUGAUGUCAUGGAAGAAAUCGUGAUGAGGCUUCCGGUGAGAUCGAUUAUGAGGUUCCAAGCGGUUUCAAAGCAUUGGGAAUCGGUGAUUAAGACAAGAGAUUUUGGGGCAAGACACAUGGCUAAUCAGAGAAGCAAGGAUCCUAAACUCAUGUUUGUCGGUUAUGGUUUUUAUAAUAUCUGUUUUGAUCAAAUGGACUUGGAAACGACUUCUCUUGAAGAGAGCCUCUGUUUUGAAAUUGAAAAGAUUAAUGGUCCUAUGGAGAUCUCCGAAUGCUGCGAUGGCCUUGUCUGCUUCUACUGCUUGACUCAAGCAGUGAGAGUGAUAAAUACGGCCACAGAAACGUUGUUGCCACCACUCCCCUUAGCAAAUUUUCAGCGUCUUCAUAAAGCCUAUCCAGACCCGGAUCUGGAGCGGGAUCAGAGACUUGAAGAUGAUGGUCAGCGUCCUGUUCCAGUUCCAUUCAUAUCAUUUACUAUGUUUGGAUUUGGGAAAGACAACGCCACAGGACGAUAUAAGAUAGUGUGGCUCUAUAAUAUAUAUCCUGCUACCUUGAACAAGAAGAAGAAGACAAGAUGCGAGGUUUUCGAUUUAGAGGAAUGGAGAUGGAGAUUCGUGACUACCAGAGCUCUUGAUCAUCACCAAAUCUUGUCUAAUCAGAGGCCACCGUGUGCAAACGGAUUAUUAUACUGGCUCACGGGAGAUGAACAAGGAUACCCAUCAACACAAACCAAACUCAUAGUUUUCGAUAUUCAUACAGAGAUGUUUCAAGUCACCUCAACACCACCUUUUAUUACCCCUGAUGCCUCUAGUGACAAAAUUGGUUUAUGCAAUCUUGACGGUCGUCUGUGCAUUUCUGAACUCAAGGGCGAUUGCGAGCAAGAGUUUUGGUGGAGGGUUGAAGAAUGCGACAAGUGGGAGAGAAUCUUCUCAGUUGACUUGAAUUCUACUUCCUCUUGGUUUGGUGGUAUCACUUCACAGCCUCUCACACCUUUGGCCAUUUCCAAGGAUAACAACAAGGUCGUCCUCUCGCUUACCCAUCAAGAAAACCUUGUUGAGUUUGAUCUUGAUCCUGACUCAACUGUUUAUCAUUUGUAUUAUUCAGGUAGCUACGGCUUAGCUGUUCCUUAUUUUCCAAGUUUAUCACUCUCUUUUUCUUCUUUCUAAAACCAUUUGUUGUCUUCAGUAACAUUAAUUUGUGUUUUUAUAUUCAAAUCACUUCUUAUUUAU